AUGGACGACUUCGCUUCUCCCGAUUCUACCAAUCCCCACCCUAGGUGCAUCCGUUAUGACCCGAAAAAACUCAAAAUCAUUUCGGGUGGGGUGUCGUCAAGACAGGUUGCUACGUCACCGCCUCAACAUUCUAACAUCAUCCGCCUGUACGGCUACUUCUACGACGUUAAACGUGUUUACGCCAUGUUAGAGUAUGCACCUCGAGGCGAACUGUCAAAAGAUAUGCAGAAGUUCAACUUUACUCAUGCUCGAUCUGCCACGUACAUUUAUCAGUUGGCGCACGCUCUUGAUUACUGUCACAACCGUGGCGUUAUCCAUCGUGACAUCAAUCCUUCAAACAUCUUGCUGAGUGUAAGUGGGGAAUUAAAGGUCGGUGAUUUUGGUUGUGCGGUCCACAGCCCAGGUUCUAGGCGUACUGCUGUUUGGGGCACACUGUCCUACCUCGCACCAGAAAUGACCUCCAUGGACUCGAUGCAUGAUUCCAAAUGUGAUGUGUGGAGUCUUGGUGUUACAGCUUAUGAGAUGCUGUGUAGAAGAGUUCCUUUCAAGAAGGCGUCUGAGGAAGAGACUUUGCUUGCUAUCCAAAAUGAUAAAAUCGACUUUAGUUUUAUAGACUGCGAGGAGGCCAUUCGUUUCCUAAAGCGAGUGUUGGAAAGGAACGCAACGGCACGGAUCACGGCCGCAGAGGUGAUCCAGGACCCUUGGGUACGUCUGCACGCCGAGGCUUCUCUCACUCAGUGCCGCGCCGCCCUCGAGGACUGGGAGGCGGCCAGGCGCGCCACAGCCACAACUUUCGCGUCAGCCUGCACCUCCGCCUCCACCCCCGGCUCGACAAGAACUUAA